UCGCGCCUGCACUGUGCCUGUCGGGACGAGUGAGGAGUGAAGACUUGAUGGCCGAUGGCAGCGACGAUAGAAAACGGUCAGAGUGCAUUCGAAUCUAAUCCGUCAUUAAAACUCGCUGUAGCAGUCGCCCUUAUCAGAUCGAAGCUACUCCCAAAGCCUUCCGCUUCAUCUGCUUCUCCGUCUGAAUCCGAAGCUCAACGAUGGAAGCGAAAGGCGAAGGAAAGGAAAUUAGAGCUUUUGAGGCUCAAAGAAGAACUCAAAGAACUUGAAGAUGGAAGGCAAUAUGAUCUGUUCCCGCAGAGUGCUUCUUGUAGGUGCUAUUUCUAUGAUAACUUAGGGAAACUAAAUCCGAAGCGAGUGCAUUGGGAAAAUGAGAGUGGUUGCCGAAUCAAUGAGGUUUUGAGGCGGAGAUUUCUGAGACGAGUACGUUUGAAGGAAAGCAGAAAGGCAGACAAUUCUGUUCGGAAGAAAAGCACUUUAGAGCUAAAUAGAGAAGACGAGAUAGAGCACCUGGGCGCCUCAAUUGAUUUUCUGGUGGAGCUCUGCGACGCUGUGUCUCCUGUGGAAGACACUACUUUUGCUAAUUUGUCACAUCAGGCUGUGGACUUUAUUUUAGCUACAUUGAAGAGUUUGUUGUCCAACGAGAAGUAUAGAGAGAACAUCGAAGGGAUUAUCAGUAGCUUGAUUACGCGAUUGGUCAGACGAAUGUGCCCGUCCAUGCAGAGAGAUGGAUCAUCUAAUCCCAAUUCGGAUGGUCAAUUCUAUGUUCAGCACUUAAUUCGUAAGCUUGGAAACGAGCAGUAUAUAGGCCAAAGAACAAUGCUCUUUGUUUCUCAGAGGAUUUCUUUACUUGCGGAGAGCAUGCUUUUCAUAGACCCAUUCGACGAUGCAUUCUCUAAUAUGCAUAGCUGCAUGUUUAUGAUGAUCCAACUUAUUGAAUUUCUUAUAUCAGACUAUACACAUGCCUGGGCAACUUCUGAAGGUUUUGAGAACAAGCUGUUUGAAGAAUGGCUGAAAUCUUUUAUUCAAGCUCGACAGGCACUAGAGCCAUUGGAGAGCAGGAAUGGCUUGUACCUGCUAUACAUGGACCGUGUAACAGGGGAAUUGGUUAAGCAGGUGGGGCAGGUUCCUUUCCUGAAGACACUUGACCCAGAUAUCCUUGAUAAUCUGGUCCAUUAAAGUCUGGCUGAAAUUCAUAAGCAACACAUGUCUUGACUAACAACACUUUCUCUUUCAAAUCUGAAAGCAAACAAGCUAACAGUAGGUAGCAGUGGGCAGUUUCUUUUUUUCCCUUUAACCAGAAGAUCUGGAUUUCAUCAAAUUAAUUCAAUUGCAAAGUUUGAUAUAGUCAAGGAUCUGUAUCCUCCAUUCUUCUCUCUCCUUCCCCACAAAUUAUGCGUUGUUCAAUUAUUGUGCUUAUUGAAAACCAUAGUGAUUGCAACUAGCUCUCUCUCUCUCUCUCUCUCUCUCAAGCUGUGUUUUGCCUGUUGAGAAGAAAAGACUGGUCUUUCUACAUCUGUCAAAUAAGUCUUACUUUUGACUUAAGGUUUUACUUUAGCGCACGUUGUCGGAUCCAUGAAAUUUCUAUAUAGUUUCCAGUUCCACACACCACCAGAUACAACUUUUUGUGGCAUCUUGACUUUUGUUCCCCGGUGCUGCUUAGCAUCCGCCAUAUUACAAUCCCUCCAAGACUGGUUUUUCCCUGCUGAGUUUAUGAGCAGUGUUUUAGAAGACAGAAAUCAAGAUGCCCAAUCUGGAUUGGAUCGGAAUUGGGCUCCAGGAACCCUUAGAAUCGGGUUUUUGGGCAUGAAUUGGCCACAUCGGAUUGGUUGAAAUCGCUUCCGGUCCGAAUCGUUCAAUUCACCGAUCCCGAUAGUAUUAUUCUUUCUCCUCGUCUUUUCAACGUGGCAAGAAUGUGAGGGUUAUCCCCUGCAUCACGUAUUCUAGAGGAUUCCACUGACCUUUCAGAUACUGUUCAUAUUCACUUCUAAAUUUUCCUCAUUCCCUUUAGUAAUAUGGAGGAUUCUGAUCUGUCUAGUGACUCCAGUCAACACCGAAUAGAAUCCAGACUUGAUGGACAGUUUAUUGGUUUACACUCCUCAAAUCAUCAUUGGACGUAUCUGAAUGGGGUCUAAGCAUGCGUCCGUCUGAAGGAAGUCUCAUUCUCAUUUCCAUACAUUUUCUCGGUACCCAACACAAUGAGUCGUUUUCAGUGUUGGGUGUUAGAUACUACUAGUCUAGGAUCUCAUUCUAAACACAGACCGAUAAGUGCCUCAAUCUCACCCAGAGCUUCUAAGGUUAAAGAUGAUGAGAAAGUUCAGAUGGUUCUCUUCAUCGCUAAUAAUAUCCCUCUUCUUGUUCACUGAAGUCACUGCAAUCUCAGCUCAUGGAGGAGCUGUCUUCAUUCCAAUGCAUAGAAAUCCUGGUGUCCUUUCCCAACAAGGGAAAACAAGCUUAAACGAAUGGAAGUCAUGGGUUACUAUGGUUGCAGAAUCAGACCGAGAGAGGGCAAAGGCUUUACAACUCAGGAAACUCAGAAUCUAUAUGGAGAGGAGAGGUACAGUUCCAGGCAUGGUACCUUCGGCUUGAACCAGGGUUUCCUUUGCGUUUCUAACGGCAGCAUAUAUAUGUCAUGUCUCCAUGUGUAUUGUGUUAUUGGUUCUUUCAUAUUGGUUCAUUUUAUCAUUCGAUGUUAAACUUACUAUUAUACUACUGGGUGAUGAGGUUGUUCCCUGGCUUGUAAUGGUUUUAAGGGGAUGAAUAGCUAGUUUUAAGUCACUGAGAAUGAAACUUCAGAUACUUGUUCCAUAUUACUACAAAAACUUUUUCUUUUUGUGUGUAA